ACAGUCAGACAAACUGGGAGGCAGAGAGGAACUGAGAGCUUCGAGUGGAUGCAGCUGAUGAAGAGACUGAAGUUUUGUAGAAAGUUGACUGAGGUGAGUCUGCCUCCUCUCUGUAGGUAUCCGCUCACACACAGGUGUGUUUCAGAGUUUGUGUGGUUGUUCAGAGUGUUCUGGUCUGACUGUUUCUAGUUAUCUGACUGAUGGAUCUCACUUUGACACUGCUGAGCUCAGUCUACGCGGAAGUGUGCAUGAUAAUGAAGGAGCUCCGGUGUCUGCCUCACCCUCUGCAAACAUUCACAAAGUUAGGCACACCUGGACAAAUGCUCCUGCUGCUUCUCCGGACAAAUCUCAGAGUUUCAGAGUUUUUUCAGACUCGGGAAAGUUCACCAUCUGUGGCGGUGGCUGUGCGUCAGCGCAGAACUCCGUCUGAAAACCUCGACAUUUAAAGAUUAGCAGCUUGUACGAACCAAACUUUGACACCUCUCACUUUAACCUGAUUAGUUUGAACUCAGAUAGAUCAUGUCUUUAAUUCAGCUUCCACGUUAUCCUCAGAGGAGAGUGAACUUCUCCUGUAUUUUGACUUUAAGUCUGUAUCUCCAGCAGCUCUCCAAACACGCCCUAAACUGCAGCGAGCAGCAGAAACAAGUCUGAACUCUUCUCCGAUUUCAUCACAGGCACAGCAGCUUGAUACAAUCUGCUGCACCGAGAUAAACAGAAAGUAUAACAGAGUUUCAGUAAAAGUCUGAGACAGUUUAGCUGACGUCCGCGUCUUUCACGAAGGUAGAAAACCUGACACUAAACAUGUCUUAAAGGCAGGCGAGUUAAAGGAGAGGAGGCUGCAGCAGGGAGGACUCUUUAUCACACCAGCUGCUUCAAAUCUUUACUUUUGCUUGUUGUUGUGCUUACGUGCAUUUGAUAUUUACAGAUCUUGAUAAAGAAGUGGUGUUUACAUGCUAUGAUGUCUGCACUAUUUGCCAGUAGAGCUCCACUGCAAAUUGCUAGACCUCACAGAGUGCAUUCACAUGAACUUGAAUAUCUUGGUCUGCUUGGGUUUCCCAUUUUUAUGCUUGUGAAUGUGAACAAACCUGAUCUACAUCUUGAAAAGCUGUGCUUUUGCUACCUGGAAACCUCAAGAAGAAAACAGGAUACUGUGGCAUGUGUGCACUUUGCCCCUGUUUCUGUCAGCUGCCGGCUCUGUGGGCAGACACAGCCUCAUCAGCAACAAAACAAACAUGACAGCAGGUGGAAGACAAGCUCUGGUCAAUAUGAAACAAAGUUGGGGAGCAUAUGAAAGUUGCAGCUCUCUUUGAGAUUAAUGGUAGACUGCUGUAUCCUCAACAUGCUGUGCUGUAGAGGCACAGAUUGUUGGCCAGGCACAGGUGGAGAGAGGAGAGCAGGGAGAGGAGACACGGUCAAGCAAGGCUGCACUGAGAGGAUGAGCACGACACCAAAACAUGUACGAAGAGCAGUGUGCGAGACAAAGAUAAAGAGCUCUGUACUAUAAUAAUAAUAAUAACAAUAAUAAUAAUAAUAAUAAAAUUAAAAGGAGGUCGAAAGAGGAAGCAGGAUAGUAAAUAUAAAAGGCAAUAUCAACAAUGAUAAUAAAGAAAUAACAGGUAAUAAUAACAGUAAUGAUAAAAUAGAGCAGCAGAAAUGAGCAAGAGAUAAAUCAAUAAAAGGCCUAAAAGGUUAAUUAAGAAAAGAGUAUAAGUAUAAAAAAAAGCUAAAAAGACAGUAAAGCCAAAAUAAGAUAGAGGUAAAAGACGCAAGAGAUGACAGAUUUAAGAGAUAAAAGAAGUCUGUAAAAUUUAGUUUUUAAAUUUGACCUAAAAGAAGUGACUGUUUUUGCAAGCCUUGUCUCCCCUGGCAGGUCGUUCCAAGGUCAAGGAGCUCUAAUGGAGAAAGCUCUAUCACCUUUAGUUUUGAGUCAUGAGUCUUAACUACUGAACAGUUGGUUUAGUCGUUAAUGACAACUUUACCAAGUGCUUCGCUCCUCAUGUGAAAUGGCACUUGCAGCUGAAGAGGCACCACCAUUGGGCAGCAAGUAUUUAAUUCAACCGAAGACUUGCACAUCAUGUUCAAUCUUGGUUUGAAAUUGACUUCCUGAAAAAAAUGUUGGCCCUAGUAUGGACCUUUCCGAUUUGUGUCUUCAUCAAUAAUUUUGGGAUGCAAAUAAGAAAAUGUUUAUUUUUCGAUAUGUGCAUCAAAAGUAAGACCUGUUAGCUUAGUCCCUGUAGUCAGCCAAAGUAGUAGAGAGUGCAUUAAAAUUUUAAAAAGGAAGAAAAAUGGAAAGAAAACCAGCAAAUAUACUUGGGUAGACCUCUUUGCAAUACUGAUGAUGUUGAUGAAUACAGUUCUGUUGAAGUUGAUCUGUUUUAGGCGGUCAGCUCAGUCCUUCAGUCCUCACAGAGUUUGUUUUGCCCUCAUUGCCGUCGGUCAAGCUCACACAGCUGAUUUAGAUGUCGUCACCUGACAAACCACAGGCUAAUACACACACACACACAAAAACACAAACACACACACACACACUGACGCACACAACCUGUUGACUCUCGCAGUCGUCAGCAGGACUAUGAUAACUUUCUGAAAAAGUCAGUGAUGAUAGUACAGAAUGUGCUCUGGACCGAUUAAUUUCCACUGUCCCUGAGUCAUGGUCAAACCACUGGACCUUCCUGGACCUGGAGUGGAACUGCUCUGAUUUACCACAGUGUGAUAAUAGAUGUGACCUCUGACUGCUGCCCCCUCAUCAUCCAGUAACAAAGACAUAUAGGUGCCAUAAACACUGUACAAUAAUAUCACAGUCUACCUAAGCAUGUCUGCAUCAGCUGGAUGUGCUGACUCCUCAGCCGAUGUGUCCUUGAAUGCAUCACUACCUGCUGAUAUUUAAACACCUGCAGAUGCCCCCCACCCCCAGCACCUCCAUCCACACGCAGAGUAGUACUGGGCAUGUAGUUAAACUGGUUUUAGUGUAUUUGUACUUCAAGGGGAAGCAGCUCAGGUUUCUUUCACUAAUAUGGUGUUUUAGUCUUUUGUUUUUCUCUUUGAAGCAUCUACAUGCAGCAACAAAACAUUAACCUUAAACUGUCAAAUAGUGAGAGAGCUGUAGUUUACUGAUCACCUAACAGAUGGGCCGGUCUGUGCCUGCAGAAAAUGAAACCCUCAAGCUCAGUGAUGUGACAACUCACCUGGUUUAACUUUCUGUUUUUGGACUUGUGGUGAUGGUCUGAUGUUGACUUUGAUGGUUAGUGUUUGUAGGAGAAUCUUCAUAGGUUAUUGUUUCAGUGUUUUUGUAACUGGUGGUGUUGAAAAAACAGGUUAUAGAGUCAUUGUUUAAUUAGUUAGCCUGUUAAAACUCUGUUGAGGUCGUCAGUAUGUUGAUGACACCCUAAUAUUUAUAAUGAAUUAAUAUUUGUUAAAUAGAGACAAAUCUCAGAACAAAUCAAGUAUCAUCUGACUGAGGUGUAUCCGUCUAACAGCAAAGACAGGCCUCUUCUCUCUUCGAGUCUCCCUUUUUUGUAUGCAGUCAAAUAAGCAACUUGAGAAGCAGCCAUGUUUUCAGAUCAAAGGAGAGGAGAAUUGUCCUCUUCCAGAUAUACCAGCGACUCAGUCAUUGUUGGCCCUUUAGAUCCCUUGGGCCAAAAAUGGCCCUUGACUCACUACAAGGUAUGCACCUUGUAGUGAGUCUUAGUUUCACUGUAAAUAGAAAGUUGCAUAGAGGACUGACUCUGAUGCGCUUCAGUAUUAUUAACCUGCUGAGUCCAAGUUUCACUGUUUAAUUGUAGGUUAAAAAGAGGUCUCACUUUGAGUCUCAGUUUUACUGUUAAUAGUAGGUUACAAAGAGGCUUCAUUCAUCGAUUUGUGUUAAGUUUCAGUAUAACCACAAAUAGUAAGUUAUUCAGAUGCUUCACCCAGGCCAACUUCAUUAUUUUUAACCUGAUGAGUCUCAGUUUCGCCGAUGAAAAUAAAUUGCAACGAGGAUUUGAUCAUUCAUUUAAAGUGUGUCUCAGUUCUAAAGUUAUAUGUUUCACAGAAGCUUCACUCUGGCUUACUUUAUUAUUAUUAACACAAUAAGUUUCAGUUUCACAAUUUGAGAUAAGUGACAAAGGCUUUGUUCAUCUGUUACAGGUCAGUCUCUGAUUCACUGUAGAUAACAAGUUACACAGAGGCUUUAUCAUUUUUAACUAAGUAGUCUUCGUUCCAUUGUUCAGGAGUUGCUUCAUUCAUCUGUAUAUGAGAAGUCUCAGUUUUACUGUUAGUCACACAAAGGCUUCACUCUGGCUUCGUAGUAUUAACCUGAAAAAUAAACUUUUUGGUGAUUUUUCAGUGUGUAACUUGUGUUUCUUUCCCUCUCUGUUUAGGUGACGGUGUGAUGCCUGAAGACUCUCACAGCUCAUCUCAUGGCGUCCCCAUGGAUGAAGGUCAGUUACUCUUCCUCAAUGUGCUGUGAAAAACAGCUGUUUCUGAGUCACUUCAGACUCUUGUGGUCUUAUUUGUUGUGUUUGUGGUUGUUUUUGUGGAUGUGUAGCAUAACUUGCAUGUUGAUCUAACAGGGUCUGGGUUGAAGUUGUCUUAGUCGUGAUCAAUUCUUGAUAAAUGGAUGUCUGGGUAAUGUGUUGGUCACACGCUGGUUGCGCUCAAAGUAAAUAUGGCCAUACAUCUGUUAGAGAAAACCUUGAUGCUCCACUACCGGCUUGGAAAGAUGAGAAAUAUCUCCUGUUAUUGUGUUGUGUCACAGACUUGUUACAUAGAAACAUUAUGAGAUGGUGCUGAUGGUUGUGGUUAUCAGUACCCAGGAAAAUACUCAUAAUUUUGUCUUUGAAGUGUAAACCUGUAAGUGAAUUAUUUUAAAUUAGAUGCAUAAUUUAGUUUAAAAAUAGGUGCUGAGUAGUUCUGUUUAGAUAGUUUACUAGACAAAAAGGUGAACUUUUGGAGAAAAAAGUGUCUGUUUUGCAUUUUCUUUUCACCGUCACAAUAUGUUAAGUCACAUCGAGCAGACAUUUCCAACACAAACACCCAUAAGCAAAGUAUUAAGACACUGUUGUCUUCCCUUUUCUCUCCGUCUGUUCCUCUUCAACUCACCUUUAUAAAAAAAAACUGAUAGCAGUCUGUGUCUUCUCCACAGUACAUUAUUAUGGGCUACAAUGAACUGCUUGUGGUCUUGUGUUAAUUACAGCAUGUGGAGACAUAGAUAAUGUAUUGUAAUCAUGGGGUGGACUGGACACGGAUAUGCAGGACACGUCGCCCCCCCUUAUUGAGCGAGAUACACAGCUUGACAAUGACAGACACAGACAGAUCCACGUUGUAUCUGCUCUUCUCUUAAAUGAUCUGUCUCUUACUGUGUUAUUAUAAACUGACAACCUGUGAUGUGAACACAGUAUCGGAUGUGGCAGCUGGGUCUGAUUGCUCCUUCACUUAACAUCUCCUGUGGCUGUUAUUUUAUUGAACUGUAAAUGUGAAUUUCCCUUUGUGUGACUAAUAAAGGAGUAUCUCAUCAUCAUAUCUUAUUUUCUAAAUCAUGAGCUUGAGAUAGUUUGCUUAAAAAAAAAAAAAAACAUUUUCUUCCUGUUUUUUAAGGACACUGUCAUUUAGGUCCUUAUUAUUUAUGUUAAAUAUGACUUUCACCAACAAGACUGCCUCCUGUCACAACCAGCCGUCUGUUUUUGUCAAUGAAGUGAAACAAAACUUUUUAGAAAUUACUGGGACUUCAUAAAGGCAAAUAUUUUUCCAAUCCACUGAUCCACCAGGAUCUUCAACCUGCAAGUUGCAUCUUAAGACUUUGACUGCAAAUGAAAGUUAAAGUUGUGCAAAAUGAUGAAAUAGGAGUGGAGGAGGAUGAGAUCAGAUCAGGUGUCUGUUAUCAGCGGAGGCUUAAAACUGUCUCCAGUGUGUCCAUAAAUACCUCAUCAUCAUCCUCUGGUCACUAUAACAGACAGAGGUUUUAACCAUGUCAGUCCGUCCUCUCUGCUGUCGUCUGUGUGGCUCUGUGCUGUCUUUCUUUCUUUCUUCUUUGUUGUGUUGGGAAUCAGCAGCUCUGACAAACGUAACACUGAACAUGUCCCACAGAGGACAAAAGACGCCUGUCUGUCUCUCUGAGCUGUCUGAUGUAACUCUCAGCUGUUUGUGUUUGAGUGGUGUUUUCAGAGUGAAAAAUCGCCUCCUGCUGUCUUCAACGUAUCACUCAGUGUGAAUCUUCAAACACACUCUGUUUCUGCAGCGUGUCACCUUAUCGGAUUUUCACCUUGGGAUUAUAGUGGAAGAAACAUGAUAACAACACUAUUUCAAUAUUUAUGCAUAACUUUGGAAAAAAGCAACACAAGCAGCCAGAUUGGGGAAAUACAUGACAGAGUAAAGCGACAUGUUGCUUAAUAAUCUUUACUUAUAAAUACAAUUGACCAAUCCACAUCUCCAGCCCUGUGACUAAAACAUCUUUGGAAAUGAUUGCUUUUAUUUCAAAGGUUGUCUGUCUAAAUACACUGAUUUUGUGCAGAAAUUUAGCAGACGUCUUAUUUUGUCACAUGUCUUCCAUCAGUCUGUUUCUGUCCUGAUCAGGUUUUAAAGAUGUGAAGCAUGAGGAGAAACUUUCAGAAAUGACCUCCUUAUAAACACAACAAGGUGUGUGCACAGGUGUGUUAAUAGGUAAAUUAAUGUGAAGCUCUGAGCUGCAGAGCAACAGGUGGAUCACACCUGUCUGCACACACACACACACACACACACACACACACACACACACACACACACACACACACACACACACACACACACACACCUGAGAGUGAUGUUUGUUCACUUCAUCUGAUGUCACUGAGUCAACAGCAGGACUGUACGUCACCUGAUAUCAUCACCUGUUUACCUGUCAAUCUCUGGCUCUGACACCUGCUGAUGUAAAGGCCUCCUCCUGUGUUUGAUGAGAUUAAAUAAAAAUAAUCCAACCUAAUCCGAAUAAUCUUAACAGUAACAAAGCUCCAAACUCUGUUUAGAGAGGAUGUUUUUACUCCAAAUGACAUAUUUUUUAUUAAAAACACUUGAGAACUACAAAAGAACCUCUAUUUGUAGUUGAAUCCCACCCUAAAGUCAGGGCUGUGUGUCUCAGUCUGAUCACUCAGAGCCAAUUUAGAGAAUGACAUGAGGCAGCCAGCAGGGGGUGUGUCACUCCUCCGCCCCUUACACUGAUUGGAUUAAGCCCCGCCCCCCUCCCGUUCAAGCUGCAGGUAGACCUGUACAGACUCAGAUCUGAUCAGUCCUGAUCUCAGUGGGACCCUUGUCUCUCUCUGUGCUCUGUUUAAGGUAGGCUGGGAUUUUACAGCAUCUCAUGUUUUCAUUCAGAUCAGCCAGUUAUUGAUCGGUGUGUGUGUGUGUGUGUGUGUGUGUGUGUGUGUGUGUGUGUGUGUGUGUGUGUGUGUGUGUGUGUGUGUGUGUGUGUGUGUGUGAAAAGUUUCAGUCAACAGGUGUAGAACUAAAGGUGUGUUUGUGAUCUACUUUGUGAGGAUUUAAUUCAGAUGGAGGUAUUGAAUAGGUGUGCAAAAGGACCAAUCAGAGAGCUUCACUUUUUGAUCUGGGUUUGGUUGGAGGUAAACAUGAUUAUUGUGUGUGUGUGUGUGUGUGUGUGUCUUUGUGUGUGUGUGCGCGCAUGUGUCUUUGUGUGUGUGUGUCUGUUUGUCACUCCCUAACAGUCUUCACAUCUCUUCACUUAGAACUAAUCUGGUCACAUGAUCAGAGUCUUAAUCACCAUGGAAACAAGCUGACUUUAAAUGUGUUACAUAAGAGAGGAGGUGAUUAUUAACACCACUGAAAACUAGUCCAGAUACUGGUCUAUACUGGGUCAUACUGGCGCCAAAGUAACUAAAUUAGUUCUGGUUUAUGUCGGUUAAUCUGUAGUAAAUUUUUUAAAAUAUAUUUUUUUUAUUGGUUAAUUCAGCUUGAUUUAGAUGGUCCAAUAUUAUUAUUAUUAUUAUUAUUAUUAUUAUUAUUGUUGUUGUUGUUAUCAAAUUAGGUUAAUGUAGUUUUAUUUUUAUAUUUCUGGGUCACACUGGCUGAUAUUUAUUGGUGCCUUUUUAUCUAUGUGUUUGUAUGAAAUGGUUUGUAGCUCCUUAUACUGGCUGAAAUGCGUUUCAACUUGUUUUAUUUCCAUUUAUAUUGAGCUGUGAUCACCACAGCCUCUAACUCUCUCUCUCUCUCUCUUACACACACACGCACGCACAGCUGUAUCGUUUAUUAUGUUAGUUUUCAGCUCAUCAUUAUCACACUAAGCCUGUACAAGCAUGUAUUGUAGUGAACUUGUUUAUGAUGAUGUAUAACUGUAUAGUACAAUUGUUAGUGAUUUUGUUGGUUUAUAACAGUGUGUUUAGGCACGUGUUGUUGUUAACUAGUUAAAGUUAUUUUUGGUAGUUUAUUUUGUUAUUGGCCUUGUCUGAUUAUAUGCACCAGCCUUUUAUUUUAUACUUGGCCAAUAAAAUAGAAUCUUAAAGGUGUAACUUUCCUCAGCUGCAGGGGGCUCUGUUUUCUUGCACUACUUCAUCUCACAUUAGCACUGUCCACUGAUUGGCAAGAAGUCACACGACUUCGCAGACAGAAAGUUUUUGAUUUUGACUGUCAACUUUUAUCUGUUCUCAUGAAAUAACAAUAAUCUGUAUCAAUAUCAGCCCUGAAAAGACAGUCUUGGUCACUCUAGUCAGAUUUUUGCCAGAUGGCUCAUUUGUCCACAUUGUUGUGAACUGGUUUCCAUUGGUUUAUACAGUGUAACAUCUUAUGGGUUUAUAUAAGCGUAUCUUUGUGUGUUUUUGUGAAUACUUUGUUUAUGUAGGUGUUCAUUGGUGUUAGCUGGUGUAUUGAAUGUUAAAUAAACUGUAUUCACACUGUUUUUUUUAAAGUUUUCUGUCCACUCAAAGCGCUUUCACAUGUGUCACAUUCACCACAUUACACCUCUUUGGGGUUAGGAAUCUCGAUCGAGGACAUUUGGCAUGUAAACAGUAUACAAGACUUUACGGCAGGGCCACAGCCAUCCUGAAGUGGUUUUUUCCAGAUAAUGGUUCACAUUAGCUCAUGUCGGGGAGUCCUGGUGGACACUGGUGUGUAAUGGUUUGCUUGGGCCGUAAUUACUCUUUACAGGUUUGUAUGGUUCUUUAUUGAUGUAUACUGGUUUGUUGUUGAUUACUGAGUGCAUACUGGUUUUUAUGUGCGUUUUUUUGGUGUACACUGGCUUGUUUUGGUCUGUAGUAAGGUAAACUGGAUUGUAUGGGAAAUGUUUUGUGUAUAUUGGUUUUGUAAGGGUCUUAUUGGUUUAGACUGGUUUGUUUGGUUCUCCUUUUGAGUGUACUGGUUUAGAAAGUCCCUCCUGCUCUUUGGUCCAGUGCUGUACCAGUUUGUUAUCGUGAGAAGUUUGAUUGGUUUUACCCCACUGUGUUCAGCUUGUUCCAUUUAAACUGGUUUAUACCGGACUUUACUGGCUUAAGGUCCUUACACACCGGGGCCGUUUUUGUUAAAGUUUUGCAUACUGUGUGUCCACUUCUGACCAAUCAGAUUGCGUGUUGUUGCGAUGUCAGAUUCACCGGUAUAUCCAACAUAUCCGACCGGCUGAUUCGCCAAUUCGCCAUCACUUGAAGCUGAAGUAGACUCCAUUUUUGUCGUCUCGCUUCCACCCAGGACGCUGAUUGUUAUGGGAAGGUCCCGCCCUCCUUCGCCUCUGAUUGGCUAUAAGUGCUGACCGUUUGGCUUGAGCGUGUGAUGUCGUUUCCAGUUUUCUAGCCAAUCAGAGGCGAAGGAGGCGGGACUUUCCCCUGGAAAAGUCUUCCCCGGGAUGCGUCUUUUUCCCCCCAGAAAGUCGCAAAAUUGCAUAGGGCUUGAUGUGUAUAGUCAAAAUUCUUCUCUGAAUAUUUCAUGAUUUUGCGUUCUAUAUUCGUGUCGGCCCUGGUGUGUAAGGACCUUUACAUUGAUGCGUUGACUGAAAGAAACUUGUUUGAUUCAGUUUGCAGCGUUCAUUGUGAGUUAAAGCAGACCAGAGUGGGGUCAUACUGAUUUUGAGGGUUCACACGGGUUAAGACUUAUUUGUUGUGACUGUGAACUGGUUUUACUGGUGUAAAUUAACUGGUUUGUUUUAUUGAUUUGGAUACGCAAUCAGCUGCUCUACUUCAUGUUUGGGUUUGAGGACUUGUUGCCAGUACCAGGUGUACUGCGUGAUGUGCGAAUGGUUAGUUUUAAUCUCUGUAAUUACUGUAUAGGAUUAACUCGCUACUUAAUCCUCAUAAUUACAGAUUACACACACACACAGGUUAACAUAAAUGACUGGUGAAUCUAGAGUCAGUAGUUAAAACAGUGGCGAUGAUCGUUCAUUUGGUAUAAAAGAACAUAUAUGAACAAGGUCUGCUUUAGCUUUUGUUGUAGUUGUAGCUGUAAUACCAAAGGUGACCACAGGAGGCACUGCUGAACACAUGAGCAGGUCUAUGUUAUUUAUACGACUGAGACUCUUUCUUUAUCCUUUUUUCUGUAUGUGCUCGUUUGUUUAACAUGAUACUGCCCCCUGGUGGACACAGGCUGUACUGCACCUGCGUGUGUCCGCUAUCAUGCUAGUUAAGAUGAGACUGAAGGUCAUGUGACCAGCAGGUGUUGUGCCUUCUUUGCAUGUUUCAGCUGGGAGAUGAGGGGUUAAUCUCCCUUAGCGAGGCAUUCAAAGCACGCUGGAACUCCCUAAUAAUCCUCCCGUCGUCUCCCCCACCCCACUGAGGGGGAGGAAGAGGAGGGGAGACGCAGACAGGUGGACAGAUUCACAUCAGAGUGGGUCACUGGCUGAUCAGCUGACAGGAAGUGAUACGUCUCUUCAGGAAUGUGCAAGCACUAGAUGUCUCUUCCUGUCUGUAACUGACCAAUCAUGAGUCAGCACAACGAGAGGAGCAGAUCUGAGGUCAGCACUGACAGAAGAUGAGACAGAGCUUUAAUCUGUGAGACUGAUGAAGAAAUGAAAAUUAUCUGGACUCCUCCUCUCACUUUGAUGCUGGUCCUGAGUGUGAUAGCUGAUUGGUUGUCUGAAGUCACAACAUGAGUCUGUGGCAUCAGGAUGAGACGUCGUGGCUGAAGAACGCCGCUGUGUCUCCAGAACAGUCGGCCAUUAUUCUGUCUCUUAGCCCCGCCCUCCUGUGAGACGCUCAAAGACACAAACGAACAAACAAACAGAUGGACAGAGAGACGCUGCUCUCAAAUCAGCUGAUCGCUGCAAGCCGACAGAGAUCACAGUCAGUCUGUAAUCUAUAACUGAAAACAGUCAAAGAACAUGAACUGAUCUGAGAGCAGCCACCGUUUUCAUGUCCUCUGAUGAUCACAUGACAUCAGCUGCCAAACAGUCUGCACACAGUGUUUCAAAAAAUAAAGAAAAGACACUGAGGAAGAAACAAAAUCACAGCUAAGUCUGCGAGAUGAUGACAAACAAGACGAUAAACAGAUAGAAAUGAUGAAAAAACACAUCAUGACUUUAUUUCUCCUGUUUGGUUUCUGUGAGGAGUAGAUCCGAUGUUAGGUUGGUGAUUCUCUGAGUGGGGUUUGGUGGGUUUCUGUGAGCCCUGCAGAGUUCAGAAGCUGCUGUGAGUCACUCAGGUAAAGGUCAGAGCUUCAAACACACUCACACUGCAACAGUGAGCUGUGAAUCAAAUAUUAAAUUUAUAUUAAAUAAUGAAACAUCAGUUUAGAUCUGAUGUUUUAAACCACCACAGCCGAGCAGUUUGCAUAAGGACCUUAGACCACAUAAGUGCAGUGUGCUUUCAGGGGUUAUUGAUUAAUCAAGAACCUCAGAUUUUUAUUUACACAGUGAUGAAUAUACUCAAACACCAUGACCCGUCCCAAGUUUGCUCUGUUUGUUAGAUGUUUGAUUUGCUUUUCAUGUAAGCCCACAAUAGAAGUCAAGUGUUAGAGUGCUCAAGACAAAAGUUCCUCAUGAGAGCUAGAGAUAAAUUUUCAGAGGGUUUCAGAAGGACAGCUGCUGGUUUAAAAAUGUCUAAAACCACUCACACAGUCCUGACUCAUCGUGGACUGUGUGUCUGAGUGUACUCUCUGGGUGGUGUUGGUGUCAUCGACCAAUAGGAGCUCAGAGAUCAGCUCACCUGUAAACCUGUAGAGCAGAAACAGAGACAGAGUCAUCAAGCUGCUGAAGAUGCAGCCUUCAGAAUAAAAGUCUGAUCAUUUCAAGAAAACCCCUUUUUCUCCUCUUUUCUUCUCUCUUUUAUAGUCCCCUCCUGACAUCACUUCCUGUUUCCUUUGCUUCUUUUAAACUCCUCUGACGCCUCCUAAUCGACUCCUCCUCCAUCUGUUCUGUCCCUCCUCUCUCUCCAUGUGUGACCUGUCGUCCUCCUCUCUGUAUUGUGAACAUGCAGCUUCAGUUAGUUCAGGCCCGUGGAGCCUUCAGGUGUCUGUAAAGCUGCAGGACACCUGAGUGUCUCCUCUUUACACUGCUGAGGGAGAUUUUUGGAGGUGCGGUAGAGCAGAUGGGGUAUCAGAGGAGGAUAUGGAGAAGCCUGUCAGCAGGAGGAGGAGGAGGAGGAGGAGGUGUAGCUGUGGUGAGGUGCUCAAUAUCUGAGGAGGAGGUGAGGAUCUCCUUCAGGAGUGUUGGGGAGGAGCGGCGGCUCAGACGGGGUUUUCCUCGUCGCUGGUUGGGUGAGUGGCUGCAGGGUCCUGGUCUGUCCUCAGUCACAGGUUUUGGUUCUUCUCUGUAAAGGUUGGAGUUUCUAAGUGAUGAGGUUUUCCAUGAACGUGCAGAUGUUUGUUUUACUGUCUGUAAACUUAAAUAUUUAUUCAUGUGUCUGUGCCGUUUCUCUCUGGACAGCAGAUGAUGCUGUGAUGUUUGUGUGCGUGCUAACGGCUGCAGAGGUCAAAGUUCACACCUGUAUGUUUGAAUGUAAACUCCGAGCUCUGACUGGUCCUCCUUUUCCUUUCUUAUCACGUUUAAGUGGCCAGAAGCCAUAAAUUCCCUUCCUGCUGGGUCAGUGAACGCCUCGCUGACUUAACACUGGCAGGAAGCCAAGUGACUAACGGACUCAGUGUGUGUGUAUGUGUGUGUGUGGGUGUGUGUGUGUGUGGGUGUGUGUGUGUCCAGUCUGCAGUUUGAAGUUGUUUUCAUUCAAACACUCACAGUCUGACGUGUGUGUGGGUCUGUGUGGAGUUUGUUGUGUUGUCUAAAAACAGAGUUUAAGAACAAAUGAAAACAUGACUGUUCUGUGUCGAUCCUGAACGCACCCUUAUCAAACUUCUUUCUCCACAUGUUCAGAGUUAAAUCUGUUGUAGUGAAAUUGUGAGCGUGGAUUCAAACUCGGAGUGGGAGUGUGUAUGUUUGAGAAACAAUCACACAAACCAGACAGUAAUUCUCUACCUUUUAUGUUUUAAACAUGAUGUGACAAUAACCUGACCUCUUUCCAUUGGGGGUUGACUGAUUUUUUUUUGUUUGUUUGUUUUUGGGUCGAUGCUGAUUAUUGGUAGCUCAUGAACCUAAUAACUGAUAUUUGGAACUGCUUCAUUUUAUCUGAAAUCAAGGUAUUCCUUCAAACUGCCAUUAGCUGUUUUAUAUACAGUUUAUCAGCACAUCCGAAGCAGCUUUGAUCCAGUAGAGGGAGCUCUCACUGUAACCUGACUAUCAAACAACACUGUCAACCUCAGAAACUAUGUAUGUGUAUAUAUAUAUAUAUAUAUAAACAGUAUGGUUAUGCACUGUUAGUGAAACUGAAACUGGUCUUUGAGAAAACAUGUAAACACAUUAUUACGACUGAAACCACACUAAAUCAAACUUCUCACAGUCAAACUGACAAACUAACUUUCUGUUGUAAAAAGCUAGCAUGAAUAUUAACAGCAGGAGAGUUUCAAACCAGUUACAAGAAGAUUUAUUUGUCUUUUUACUGUGUUUGUUUUUCAGUUUGUUGGACUCUUGAUGACUCUAUGUUGUGUUUUGUCUCAGGUGGACUCUCACUGCCUCUGCUGUUCAGACUUUUAGCUAAACCCUCAGAGGAGUGGUUAGCUGGUAUGUUUGCCAACAACAACACAUGGCGGUCAUUUUGAAGAGUUAGUGUGGGAAGCUACCUGAUCUCGAACUGACUUUAUUAAAGUGUUUUAUUCAAUAAUAUUCAUUAUUUUCUGCCCAAGUUAUCAACAAUAUCUGUUUAAAGUUUUGCAUAUUAGCAUGUUUUUGAUCAGACCAACCAAGACCCUCCCAACAUAUCAGCCACUACAGCUUAUAUAUUGAGGUGGGGGUCGGGGGGUUCCAACAGUUCCUGGAACUAUGAGAAAGUUCCUGUGGUUCAACACCCCAGUUGAUUUGUGUCUUUUUUUUUUAAAAAUGAAGGUGAAAGAAACCAUGCAGUAUAAAAACAUGUUGUAAAAUGAAACUAACCAUCCAAACAGGUAGGAAGUAGGAAAAAGUAAAAGUUGAUUAAAUCCUUCUCCUUUAUUUGCUGGUUAUUUAUUGUCAAUGGCUCCCUUUAAUUCCUAAGUAUUGUCUUAUUUCUUCCAGUUUAGUAGUCGUCAUUAUUAUAUUACACCAGUGUAAAACCCAAAGGACUAUACAGUCUGACUUUCGAAUCAAGAUACAAAAACAGAAAUCUCUUUGAAUGUUAAAAUUUCUCUGCCGUUUUCCAACAUUGACAUUCCAAAUGGCCGCCUUGUGAACUCAUAGAAGUCAAUGACAAAAAAAAAAAUCCCAGCAUGCCGCAGUAAUCAGAGCAUUAGACUGUGAAUCCAUCGAAUCAACAAAUCAUAAAUCAAUCUGUGUUAAUGAUCAGACGUGUUAAAUCAUGUGAUGAAUCUGACUGGGUGGAGGGAACCUGCUGCGUGAUUGGUUGAUUGGACGGUAGUGUCAUGAACUGUGUUGUUUGUCCAAAUUGCAACCACAGGUGAUUAACAAAAAACUGUGUUUAAAGAAAACUGCCCGUAGUGUCCACUAGAGGGUGUCCCCUAAAGUGAGUCAGUCUCCAUAGAGCCCCAUUUUAAAAUUAUGCAUAAGUAGGGGAAGUGGCCUGUUUGAGUGAUAGUAAGUGUGUUGUCGCUGUCAGCCAGGUGGCUAGGCUCUGAUUCUUUGCCUUUUCUGGAUCAGGAAGUUAGUGAGAGCCAUAAUUUCCACUAUGAGUAUUGUCACAUCUUUAAACAUCUCUUUAGAAACCAACGACCAGGUUUUAUACAGGGUAUGGUCUUCUAAUUUAGACAUUGUACUUCCUGUUUACAUUCACCGAAGCAUCAUGGGAAACACAGCAGUGACUGAACAGCCCCAGCUGAGGGGAAGCUCCAGACAAAGACCCAUCUGAGUCUGGGUGUGUGUUUAUGGUGAUGUUUCAGCUUUUCUGAACAGUCUUUGUUCAGAUGUCUCUGCCCUGUUAGCUUAGCGAGCUAACACACCUUUUCUACAUGCAGAAGUGAGACAUAUUUUUCACUUUGCUCCUUAAAUGUUCAGAUUUACUGCUGUUACAGCAGGUAUAUUGAAUACAGCGCACCCUCAGCUGAGAUCAGUUUGAAAUCAGCUUUAAGGUGUAAACACAGAGCUCACAUCUGUCCCCGCUGUGUUCAGGGUCUCAAUUUAAAGUGAGGAGGAAUUUCCUGUUCCAUCAGUUUAAAACCUGUUAUGAGGGAUUCUUCAAAUUCUUCAGAGGUUUCCUGAAACUCUGUAGACCAAGGGAACAGACUGAACCUGAGAGCUGGAGGAGGAACCUGAUUAUUACAGCAUCAUUAUCAGCUGAGGGAGUUUUUAACAACAAUGAUGAUAAUAAGUAUGGUGUCACCAUCAGUCUGUUACUUCACAUCCUGUAAUCACACUGUACCAGGAACAAAAAACAAACUCCUUCAAAUCUGUCUUCUACUUUAAAAAUCAUAACCAAACUGAAGCCUUUAUUGUGAAAGGGUGCCCUCUAUCUGACAACACGAGUAGAAUAAGUACAUAGGGAAUUUGUUGUGAAAGUAUUCACACUCUGAUGGACUCUUAUAACAGGACUCUUAUUCUGAAAGUUUUCCUUGGAUGAGCACAGGACUUUUAUUGUGAAAUGCUGUUUUUAAGAGUCUUUUUAUUCAAAGACUCUAUUAGAGUUCUCUGUUUGUCAAACAGUAGGACUCUUAUUGUGAAAGUUUUUCUACAGUUGAUAAAAAAUGACUCUUAUCGUAAAAGCUGAAAUGAUGAUAAGAUUUCAUUUUCAUGAACAUUGUCUUCUGGAUAAGAGGUCCUUUUCAAAAUAAAAGCCCUAGUAUGUAUAACAGAGACCUGGAACUUAACUGUUUCUCACUUGUCCACACCACAGAGUCCCCACGUCUCUCAACCGCCUCUGUCAGCAGUAAUGAGCGUGCCCCAUCGGCCACGCCCUCCGACUCUUCGGAGCCCCGCCCACUGAGCCUUAUCUCCACACUGUCCUCGGGAUCAGGAUCAUCCCGAGACGAAAACGCCACCCCCCCAACGUCCACUCAGACCCCUGACCCUGAGCUGGACUCUGGAGAGGUGCUUGAUAACAGGGGGCGGAGCCUUGGCCUCAUAAAUAACAACAAAAACAAAGAGACUCCGCCCACACACCAACAGACCUUUAUCAUGGCGCCUCAGCUGACCUACCUGGACAGAGUUGUCAUGGAGAUCAUUGAAACAGAGAGGAUGUACGUCAGGGACCUGCGCAUGAUAGUAGAGGUAAGUCAGUCCUUUAUCACCAACAUCAUCAGUUUUAUUUAAAGUCAUAAUUUUACGAGAAUAAAGUCAAUAAUAAAAUGACAUUCUUAUGAGGAUAAAGACGUACAGUACAAAAACCGUACAAACUAUUUACUUAUAUACAGAAGACAAUGAGGACCGCUGAACAAAAGAAAGAAGGUAUGAAGUUUUUUAAUUGACUUUUUUUAACAGAAAAAAAGUCAAGUGUUUGUCUUAUAUCUCAAAAUUAAAAAAAAAAUCCCAGAUUAAAGAUCCAGAACUUUUAACUGCUAACUCUGUCUGAAGGUAACAGCACGGCAUAGUUUACUUUAUUGAACACAAGUAAACCUGCAAAAACUUAAACUUUAAAACUGUGUUGCUUUUUCACAUACAGUAGAGGCUCAACAGUCACUGAAUUAUAUUCAAAUUAGCAGGAAAUAGACCCCAGGAUGGCAAAAACAACCUGUUGCUAGUAUGAUGUUUCCUCUAUACUGAGCCCAGCUGACCGGGGCUGCACUACGCUGCUGCUGCUACACUCCAAACAUGCAUCCUGUUGGCGAUAGACAGCACUGCUCGACGAAGCAGAGGCGCUACACGCUGACAGAAUGCGCUCAGCAUGGAUCCUGUAUGUUUUCGGCGUAACAGAGAGCAGUUCCUUCAAAAUAAAAUCCCCAGUGAUAAAAGCAGUAGAUUCUGCAAGGUUUUACAGUUUUUCUGUUGAAACAAAGCAAAUUAUAAAAGUCAUCUUAUUUGAUGCACAUUUGAAAUAUUUAUUUAUUGAUCUGAUAAAUGUUCUUGUCUUUUUUUAAUUUGUGAAUGGAGAUCGGUGACACCUUCAGCAGGUGUAGUGAUUUCUUGUGAGUAUGCUCAGAUUUGAAGACGUCACAGACUAAAAUUAACCAUUAAAGUCGUUCUUCAGGGAGCCGAUUAACUGAUUACAUAAGAGGAGGAUCAGAGAUAAACCUGGAGCCAGAGCCAGGAUGUGAACCUGCAGGCCACCAUACAAAUGGUCCUCACAGAGACACAAAGACCUGAAUGUUAGUAUCAGGAACAAUCAGAAGACGGCAGCUUUAAAAACAGGACUGUAAAACUGAAAUGAGAUCAGGUGCAGAUGGAAGCAAAAAUCUGCUAAAAUAAUAUAGAAACAAAUUGAAUAGAAUAAAAGAGAAUAGAAGUGAAUAAUAGAGGAUGAAAUAGAAUAGAACUUUAUAGUCUACUUUAUAAUGGCAGGCAAAAUGCAGAAAUACAAUAUUUCUUGUGCAAAUGUCUGACAUAAAAACACCCGAAGGAACAUUUUAAACCAUUAAAAGGUAUUAGAUCAGUGAUUAUCAAAAUUCAAUUGAAUUAUCAAUGAACAUUAAAUAUGUCAAAGAUCAAAGUUUAGAGUGUCUAAUAAAAAUGUGAAACUUUUAACCAUCUAUAUUCUCUUCAGAAUAAUAAAUACAUAAAAGCCAUGAAUACCUCAGCACAUUGAUGACAGUCUGACCCCUGCUGGACAAACAGACACACAACAAAAACAAAAACUUAUAAUCAAGAGUUUCAGUUUGUUUUAUCUCAUUGUUUUUUAUGUAUUAAGUAGCAUCUUUUCUUCUCCCCCUCUUUUUUUUCUCACCUCCACCAUGACUUUUCCUUCUUUCCUUCCUUGUCUCCUUGUCCUACCCCCUUUGCAGGAUUACCUGGCCCACAUCAUCGACCAGUGUGAUCUGUCCAUCCGUCCUGAGCAGGUGUGCGCUCUGUUCGGAAACAUCGAGGACAUCUACGAGUUCAACAGGUGACAGGAAGUGAUCAAACUUGUUUAUCAGUGAUCAGGAAAGAUGCAGGUGUUUGUAUACUGAAACAGGUGUGAAUAGACACAGACUGAAUGUUGUCAUGACAACCCUCAGGUGAAUCUCUUGUUGAUGUCAGAAGGUGAGUUUGGUUUUUACAGCAGCAUGUUGACUGCCGUGAUGAGGUGUGUUUGAUUUACUGACUUGCAUGACUCAGAUUUGAACUGAAAUCUACACACACACACACAAACAAACACACACAGUGUUUCAGUGUGAGUUUGAGUAAGGCAGCAGGAUUAUUGGUCUGUUUCUGUCAUGUUAGAGAAGUUUAAAUGAGAGGAAGAAAAAGUUAUUUUAAGCUUGUAAACUUUAUUUAAACUUCUUCUUAUGACAAACUGAUUUCGACGGCUCCCCCUGCUGGACAGGUGAGUUUGUGUUGCCGUUCGUUGAGGACAUGAAAGCUGUGUGGUGACUCAGGUUUAGAUUUUUCUGAACUUCUUUCAAAGUUUUGAAAAUGUAUUUUCACAUGAAUGUGGACAAAGUUUCUUUACAGGUGAAUCAUGUAAAAAAUUUAAAGAUUAAGAAAAUUUGAUAAAUAAAAAACAAUUCAAACUCACAGGUGUGAUUGUUGUUUUCUUUUGACAGCGAGCUGCUUCAGGCUCUCGACAUGUGUGACAACGACCCAGUGGCUGUUGCUCGCUGCUUUGUCAUGAAGGUAAGAAACUUUUAAUUUUCAUGCAAAUUAAAAGAAAUUAGAGAAAAGUCUUUGAAAUGACAUAAAAGCUCCUGUGAGGAGUUUUUUUUCACAUUUAUGAAGUUCUUUUUCUUUUUUGAUUGAAGCAGAUAGUCUGUCUGCUGGAAAACAAACAUUAAUUGUGGGUUCUUGUUUUGCAAAAAUGGUGGCAAACAUCAUUAUUAAGUCUUUACCUUAAUGUCGUUUUUAUGUGAUAUGAUUUAUUUUCCUCUGAGGGAAAUUCACCUCUAAUCUGAGAGCUUUUACUGACAAAAGCAAAAUCGUAGGAGUUAAUAUUGAAAAAGUGAUUAAGUUUCUGUAUAUAUGAGUCACCACUUCAAUGCAUUUGUUUACCACAGUGAGAAAUAAAUCUCUUUUAGGAUGUAUGUUAGUGUGUUGACAGACACUUUUUUUAUUUUUCGUAUUAGAUAAACUUUCUGUUUUUUUACUGCUGAGACAAACUAGAAGACAGUAAAAAUAUAAUGCACAAUCCACAAUCCAGGAAUUAUAUAUCUUGUAAUUCAGUUUGUGUGAGCAGUGUAAAUAUGAAGUUUUACUGUUUUUUAUCGACUUUGUCUCAUUUCAGAGCGAGUACUUUGAGAUCUACACACAAUACUGCACCAACUACCCAAAGUAAGUACUUACACAGAGUACAAGUAUAACAGUCACUGCGAUAAAUUUCCCUCCUUUGAUUUUACCUGUUUCGGCUCUUGUUUCAGUUCAGUGGCGGCGCUGACAGAGUGCAUGAGGAGUAAAUCUCUGGCAAAGUUUUUCCGAGAGCGUCAAGCGUCCCUGAAGCGUUCGCUGCCCCUGGGAUCAUACCUGCUCAAACCUGUUCAGAGGAUCCUCAAAUACCACCUGCUGCUCCAGGUAUGACCCCUACACCUGGAGGACAUCACUGACCUCCUCCUUCAUAUCUGUACGAACACACCAACCAGAGAGCAUCAAUGAUAAGGGUGACUGUACUACACAAUAAUAAUAAGGAUGGUUCUGAUGAUUAAGAUGAUGAUGAUAAUGUUAAGGUUACUGUGUUGAUGAGGAGGAUGCUGCCUGUCAUAGAAAAGAUGAUGAUGAUCAUGAUUUUAAUGAUGGAAAUGAUGUUUUCUUGUAGGAGAUAGCCAAACACUUUGACCCGUUAGAGGAGGGUUACGAGGUGGUGGAGGAGGCCAUCUACACCAUGACGGGAGUCGCCUGGUACAUCAAUGACAUGAAAAGGAAACACGAACAUGCUGUCAGGCUGCAGGUAGGUCAUAUGACCACACACCCACAGAUUCAAACCGACUGAACCUGCUUAUCUUUGAAAUCCUUUUAUGAGUACAGUUAGAGGGGGACAUGGUUUUUGUGUCUUUAUGAUUUCCUCUGUUACAGAUGAAAUCCAGGUCUGCAAACCUUAGUCAUCAUAGAUCUAGAACAAACACUUUUCUAAACCAGUUUAGUCCAUCUCAGUAUCCUGAUCAGUCAGCCCCACUAACAGCAUAAAUAACACCUCUUAUCAAACCCUCCUUCUCUCUGAAAGCUUGCGUUGUCUUCUUUCUGCAGGAGGUUCAGUCUUUGUUGCUGAACUGGAAAGGUCAUGACCUCACCACAUAUGGAGAACUGGUCCUGGAGGGAACCUUCAAAGUCCACAGAGCGAAAAACGAGAGGACGCUCUUUCUGUUCGACCGCAUGCUGCUGAUCACCAAACGACGUGGAGAGCACUUUGUCUACAAGACGCAUAUUUCUGUGAGAAAAUAACUCGCACAGCUGUACAUGCUAGAUAGCAGCUUUAGAUUCUGUUUGUAGGAAACUGUUUCCUAUUAGAGCAGUCCAUCUAUUUGUUUUGUUUUCAUCAGCUUAUCUGGGGUUGGUUUGUGGUGGCGGCAGACAGAGAAGGUCAGCCGUCUUCCCUAACACUAUUUUUGAGCUUUUCUUGAGGGUUUCCCAAGGUUAGAUCCAAAGGAGGAUCCUAAUCCUCCAAUCACUAAGGCUAGACAGCUUAUCAAGAUAACUUAUUAACGACACUCGUACCCUGGAUCUCAUCCAACUCGUUCUCUCAGUCCCAAAGCUCAUGAACAUAGGCAAGGGCUCAAACAUAGAUCCAAGUUUUGCCUUUGACCAACCCAUCUCCUGGGCUUUCUGUCAGAGAGGUGACCAGGAAUCACCUGUACAUCACCUGUGUAUUUUUGUUUGUCCGUUAACUAACGUUAUUAAUGUGAUUGUCUGUCUGUGUUUGUGUGUCAGUGCUCCACUCUGAUGCUGAUUGAAAGCGCCAAAGACUCCCUCAGCUUCAGUGUGACUCAUUACAAACAUCCCAAACAGCCUCACACUGUCCAGGUAAGAUCUUCUCCACCUACUCCUCCUUCACUCCACACACCCUGCUUUUGUUUAUACUAAAUACUGGUCUUGUGGUGCCCAGGACUCUGAAAAACUGAAAUAUAAGUUUAUAAGCUAAUCCAAUUUUUUCAGGCAAGGACAGUGGAGGAAAAGAAGCUGUGGGCCCAUCACAUCAAACGCGCCAUUUUGGAAAACCACCAUGCCGUUAUCCCUCAGAAGGUCACACACAACACAGCACUACACACAUCAGCACUAUCAGUCUCUCCUCCAGUAUUUGGGUAAUCAAUGUUUGUUAUUUUCUUUGUUUGCUUCAGGCUAAGGACGCCAUCUUGGAAAUGAAUCCAACUUGUGAGUAAACAUUUCAAAAACAUUCAAAGAUAAAUCAGAGCUGAUACAGUCCAUUAACAGUAUCAGUGCAAGAGUCAGAAAUUCAGACAUCAACUCAAGACAUUAUCCAUGUUACUCAUAACUCAAUUUCUUAAGUCACAUAUUUUCUGUUUUUUUCCAUGUCAGUCUUAUUUAUCAUGGUGUUGAUUAUCAUGUCUUCAUUAUUCUCCCGUAGACCCUCCGCGGUAUCGUUACAGUCCUGAGCGGCUGAAAAAAGCUUCGUCCUGUCAGUCUGAUGAUUUCCCACAAGAUGGCCGUCAAGGAAGACGACAGUCUGGUAAACACACACGUAGAUGUCUAUUUCUUGUUUCAGUUCGUUGUCCUGCUUUAUGAAUCAGCUGACUGUUGUCUCUCCUCCUCAGACCCAAACAAACCGACGGUGAAGAGCAGCAGAGGUAAAUAUACACCACGUCAUGUUUAUGUAUCAUGUUGUGUUCACUGCCUAUCAGUUCUUUUGGCCGCUGUGGACUGUUUUAAACUCUUAGGCCCAAUCCCAAACCGCCCCCUACACACUCACCCUUCACUACCGAAUGCCACUCAUAAUGAAGUUAUACUUGCAGCUGUGGAGUGCGCUUCAAUUGAAAUCGGAGGGUAUAAACAAGAUGGACAGCUAUGGGAUGCGUCCUUUACAUGGCAGUGUUUCUUUCUAAAGGGCAUCAUGUGCAGUUCUGAGCUGCAGCGGCUGCCUCGUUUUUUCAUUGUCCCACUGAAAUCAUAAAUCCAACAACCAUCACAGUGACAGGAGCUAAAUUAUACUUCUGAUUGUUAGUGAUUCCACACGUCUUUGAACCCCUUCACUAUUUGACAUGUGCCUGCACAAUCAAAUCAAACCUCAGCACAAAGUAAGAUUUUCAAGUUUUAUUUGAUCUUUCCAAACCACAUCUUUUGGGGUAUUUUUUUUUAUCAGUGAGACAAAGGCGGACACAUACAGAACUUGUAUUUGUAUGUUGUUUCCUCCUCCUCCAUUUUUGCCGGCGCACUACCUGCAAAUCCCGCCGUAAGUGUGCACCGGUGCAGGCUCGCUAUUUGAGGGCUGAUUGGUCCACUCGCCCUCCUCACUCUGUGGUUUGGGACGGCCUUUAAAAUGGCGGAGCCUCCGCAGGGACGGGCUAACAGAGGGGGAGUGUCGAGGGGACGGUUUGGGAUCAGGCUUUUCUUUUCUUUAUGGGUCCAACAUGUUGAGAUGACUGUCAGCACAUCAGAGGUCAUUUUGUGGUUCAUAAAUAUAUGCAUUUAGAGGGGUCCUUGAACGCACCACGGUAUGUUCAGAUUGAAAGAUGAGUUUAAUUUCAUAUUGUAUUCCGAAUAAUAAACAAAAAGGACCAAACACAACCCUGUCAUGAUUCCAGCUAUGUGGCCAAGGGUCAAAGGUCAUUUUCAUGUCAGAUUAGAAUGAACUGCUGACUGUUUAACCAAUCACCUUCUGUUCUUUUCUCCUUUCUCUGCUGCUGUCUCUCCAGAUAUCACGGCUGCCAUCAAGGUAAGAAACCAGCUUCUUCCUCCUUUUCCUCCUUCAACUCCUGCACCUCCCCUCGCCCCCUUCUUCAUCAUCUUGUCAAUGAAAUCUAUUCAGCAUCAAAGUAAUGACUGACUUGCAUGUUAGCAUCCAACAGGUUCUUCUCCUUUUCACUCAGAGAUCUUCCCUAAAUCACAAGGACAGACUCUGAGGUGGAGCUGUGAUUGAUCUGUUGCAUUAAUCCCAUAUUAUUGUUCAUAUGUUAUAAUGAUGAACUCAUUGCUGGAGAGAGAAUGUUGGUUUGGGGCCCUUGGGGGCCAGGGAGCAGGUGGUCCUUCUCUUGUUUUAGUGUUAAGAGACAAAAAAGAGAGAAAAAAAACAAGAAACAUAAGGGGGUGUGUGACAUCCUGCAGCAUGAAGACAGUGAGGGUGGAUCACCAGGGGAGGGGGACCCCCUGCAGCCUCCUAGUCCAGCCCCUGAGGAGAAAGGGGAAGAGGAGGAGCGCAGCAGCAGCAGGAAGGACUCAGCAGAACAGCUAAUCUGCAGUGAGGGGGAGGAAGAGGAGGGGGGGCGCUCGUCUCCUCAUCAGUCUCAUCUGACAGAGGACAGCGAGCUGGACGACCUGUUAGAGGACGAUCAGGUAGACGACUUCACUGGCUCUGUGCUGGCGGCACUGUCCUACUGGCCGUUCAGGGCACAGGUUACCAUGGUGACGGUGAGGCUUUCUGCUGCCGGUCUGGGCUGCUUCUUCAUGUUCCAUUCAACAUGGCCGCCACCUGACCUUCACCUGACCCACUUCAGCACCAUAACAAAUACAUAAGCCCCUCACUGUCCCCUCCCCUCGCUCAGGGAUAACUUCCUGCUUUAAGUCUUCAGCUGCAUUCACUUCAUGAGUGAACUAACCCUGCUCUGCUGCAUGGGGGGUCACUUGUCUUGUCUGGUAUUAGUGACUGAAGGGUGAAUUGUUGGUGGUUUUCCUGACAUCAGUCUUAAGUUACUGUUGUUCCCGUCUAUCAAAACUAUGAGGAUGUAUCUUGGACCUGCUGUUUGUUUCCUGAUGUCAACAAAUCUGUUAUUUGAGGUUUUUCACAUAGGCUGUAUAUAGAAUGGACAGUGUCUGCCUCCUCACUGGGUGAAGCCACUCCGAGAACAGCACCCCCUGGUGACAGGCUGCAGUAUAGGUCAUAAAUCCCGCCUACAACAGCAAAGCUUAUGGAGCUGUGGACAAACUCAUUUUAUUACACAGAUUAUACAUUUUUCUCCCUCCUGCCUUCAAUGUUGACAUGUAGUUACAGUAAGACUAGUUUGUGCUCAAGUCCUCUUUUUUCUGUACAGCUCCAUUUUUAGAAGUUAUUAGGGGGUUCAUGUUCUCUAUGAUUGACAUUUGAUACAGCCUAUGGGCAUACAAAGAUUGCGUAGCUCACCUGUGGGAUACGCUGUUUGAGCAGAGCGUCAUCUCAGUGACUCUCGGCAACUCUCCCACUAAAUGUGCACAACACUACUGUGCAAUGUUGGUUUCAGGAAAUGGAGAAAAAUCGCGGAAAUACCGAGAGCUUUUCAGCUUCAAAUCCGUAUACUGGUGGAAGGCAGAACCAAGUUGUCCAUAGAUUAUACAGUCUAUGGGAUUAUCACACAGGUCUACAGUCCACCAACACUCAUAAAAGCAGAGUCAACCCUGAUACGCUCUGCAAGGAGUUUAAUUUGUACUUUGAUGAUCUGAUACCAUCGAAGUUUGUCCUCCCAAAGUUUGCUACCACCGUGUUUCUCUGCAGUAUAGAAGUAAUGUGUGGAUUUGAUUCCAGUUAUUCUACAGAAAAAGUUGUUACACUUGUAAAAUGUUGAUAGAAAUCAAAGUUUCGUAAUCCUCAGGUCUGUCUGCUAGCUUCUCUCUUUUCUCAAGACAUGACCACAUCCUGAUAUCAGGCAACAUCCCUGUCUAUGCUCACUACUUCACUGAUGACUGCUUUGUAAACAAAGGCCAGUAUGAGCUGGAUUUGAGUCUCAAUGAGUCUGUUACAGAAACCUAAAACUGUUUCAUCUACAAAGACAAACUGCAAGUUACAAACUGCAACUGCAAGUUAACACUGUAACAGCAGCUAAUGUAUUAAUAGCUAACUUUUGCUAUUGGACUAAAUGGAGAGGUAACUUGGUGCAGAAGUUUUCUUAAAGAACUUGACUUUUGGGUACAAGGCUGUGUAAAAAGUAACACCCACAAGCUGUGUCAAUUUUUUUUAUCAUUAGAAAAUGAAAAUGAAGAGAAAAUUAAUGAGAAGUUUGAUUAUCACCAAUAAAAAGCUUAAAUAAAAUAUUGAUUCGGAAACUGAAUCUGUAUCCUGUUAUGGCCCUUUUUGUGAAAGUUUUUCCUUCAUGCAGCUUUGGGAGCUUCUACAGCCUGUUGAUCUCUUAGCUGUGAUUCUCCUCAGAUGGGGUGUGGUAGUUUUCUGCCUCUUGGUAUUUGGUUGCUGAUUUUCUUUCAUUUGCAUGUCAGAAAGUGAUCACUUUUUGCAACUGCUGAACAGGACUGGUGUUCUCACUUAUGGUUAUUACUCUCUAUUGUGUCUGAAAUAUAGGGUCAGUCCAUCAGAAGCAACCCCUGUUUCAUUCAAAGUAUAAAUGUCAUUUCAGCUAAGUUCAUAGAUUUUAAAGAGACCUGUCCUCCCUCUCAGUCAGAGAGAUGUGUGCAGCUCAAAACAUCCAAACUGGCCUGUAGAAAAAUCUCUUGUUAUUUUUCAGUCUGCAGAAUAGAAGCUGAGGAACGGGGUAUUUGUGGAUUUAGAUGGACUCACCCUCAGAGACACAGUGGAGAGGAAGCACAGUGCAGUGAUGUGAUGUUUUAUGGGCUUUCAGUGGACGAUACAGCUGAACAGUUUUGUACAGGGUUUCUUCUAAUGUUUGGUCUCUGCUGCAGGAGGCCGGGGGAGGCAAAGUCUCUGCAGACAUUAGCAACAAAGAAAAUGUCCGAGUGUCUGAAGAGGAGGAGGUGGGUGGAGCCAAAGCAACACGUGAGCAGGUAGGUCAUCAAAUAAAUCUGUUGAACACUUCAGUAAAACAAGAGCAUGUUCACAUUACCCUGAGAGAGUAUCAGUCUUUUGUCUCCUGUCACUGAUGUCUGCCCCUGUUCUGACAGAUUCUUGAUUUGUUAGUCUUCGUAUUUAUAUCUCAGGGUCCUCAUGUCCCUGAAAACUGGAGGUUUGAGUGCUGAAGGGGGUUGAAGCUCAUCAACAUCACAAAUAAUUCAGCUCUAAUGAUCUGUUUUUUUUUUUUCAUCUCAUAUUUUCUAGAUCUCAGCAGAUAAAACACCACAGAAGAAGACUUCAGAAUCCAAACUGGAGGAAAAACCCAAACCAGAACCAUCUUCUGUUUCACAAAGUUUGUCCACUACAACAGCCAAGACCUCGGUGUCUCCUCAAAGGUCAGAGCUGAACCCUGAAAGAGAUCCAGAGCACAUAGAGGAACGGUUAUCUGCCACUCCCGAUUCGGAUGCCAAAACGCUGAGCAGUGCAGAGUCCUCAGAGGACGAGGAGGAUGAGAAGGGAGCGACAGAAAAGGAGGGUAAAACCAGCAGGAUCCUCCCUUCCUCUGUCCUGGAUAAAGCCAGUGUCAUCGCUCAACACUUCAAUAACAGUAUAAGACGAGGCAGCCAGGACGACGCUCGCUCCCUCGGCUGUGCUACGCCUCGUCUGCUCAGCCGAAACAGCAGCAGCAUCAGCCUCUGCCCUGACUCCUCUGACCGAAGGCCCAACAGUGCCUCCUCUGAUCCUCCAGAGACCUUUGGUGUGACAGACCUGACCCUGCUGUCUCCUCGGGACGACAGUCUCUUUGAAACUGACAGAGGUAUCCGGCGAAGGCGGGACUCCACCCUGUCUAAACAGGACCAGCUGCUCAUCGGGAAAAUCAAGAGCUACUAUGAGAACGCUGAGAGCAGGGAUGCCACUUUCAGCCUCCAGCGCAGAGAGAGCCUGACCUACAUCCCAACUGGGCUGGUGAGGAGCUCUGUCAGUCGGUUCAACAGCUCACAGAAGGAUGAUCCUGUCCAACCAGAUCCCUCGACCUCAACCACAGCAGAGUCAAGCUCAGCGUUACCCACUGAGACUCAGUCUCAAGUGUCCACCAAUGACUCUGUGGAUCAUUCUAAGUCUGAUCAGACACAAAAAGAUCCAGAGGAUUCAGGGGGAAAACAAGGGUCCAGAUCUCAAGGUGUGCAGGACAAUCCUUUGAGGGAAGAGGAGUUUAGACCUUCAUCUGAAAUGAUCAAGAUCUGGCAGACAAUGGAGAAAGAAAGUGACAGAUCCCAAAGCACAGACAGAGGACUAGAGCGAUCCCGUAAAGCUUUAAGAAACCUCAGAGCGCCUGGUGACAACUUCUCUGAGAUGGGAAAGACCCCGAACAAAAUCUGUGAUCGAGAUCUUGGCACCAUCACAGAGGAAUCCGUGAUUCCUGUACCUCUCAAGCACAAAGCCUCAGAUGUAAAUCAGACAGGACAUCUCGCAGACACCUCGAAGACAUUCAGGGAAGAGGCGGCCCUCUUCAAGGCUCCGGUUCCUCGUGUCGCUCAGCUAAGGGCAGAGCUGGAGGGGGAAAGACGCAGCAAAGAUUCAAACCAGCUGGAGGAUGCUGACAAAACAAAGAGCAAAGUUCUUCAUCUGGCUCGACAGUACAGCCAGCGAAUCAAAACCCCCAACCCAGAGGUCCGACAAAGCCUCCUGAUCAGUAAGAGGACCUUACCCUGUGUGGUGGAGGAGAAGGAGAGCACAGGUUUGGCUCUACUUUCUCCAUCUUAUAUCCAUAUUCAAAAUCAGAAAUGUAGCAGCUGUCCACCUAAAAAUGAGUUUGGUAGUUCUGUCGAUCACUUCUUUCAGUUUGACUCAAUAUUGUUCAUACUGAACUGUUCAGCUAUUGAGAUGAAACUUAAACAGAACUGAGGUUUAGUUGUAUUUAUGACUUGCUUUGUGUUUUUCAGGUAAACCCAACCUGACUCUGCCUCUGGUUUCACAAAACCAGUCAGUCUCCCUGCCAAUGAACCCUGUAGACCAGGACCACCAACCCACCUCUGUCCCCACCUCUAGUUCAUUGGGCAGCAGCUCAAAGGGCGUCUCCCCAGGAUGGACUCGGACCCACAGCCCCCUCAGUCCCUCUACUCCCACCGAGGGCUUCAACUGGCCUGAUGUCAGCGAACUCCGCUCCAAAUACUCCAAUCAGAGUCACCCUCAGAAUAGUUCGAUCAGUCGGAGUCGCUCUAUCCCUGAGCAGAUGUCUGACAGUAGUCUGAGGAGGCACUCCAGUUACCAUUCCAGCCUCCCUCGUUCGGAUGACGCCUCUGGUGAAACGUCUUUCGACAAACCUCGUGGUAGCUGGGAUGAUGGCGCAGAGGAACGCAACAGUCGGCUUCUCAGAGCCAACUCUCUGGACCCUCGGCUGUGUGGAGAACAAAUGACUGAGCUGCAGAAGCUACAGGAUCAGGCUGAUGACAAUGACAACAACGGAUACUAUAUUGCAGCUGAGGCUAAUCUUCCAAGUGAUCCUGAACACAAGAUCAUCAUUAUGCAGAAGCUUCCACAGCCCGUGUCAGAACCUGCAGAGGCGGUCAAAGAAUCCAAAGAGGAAGAGGACGACAGCUACAUCCAGAUCCGUUCACCAACCAGCAGGGAGAAGAUCUCCAUCAUGGCUGUUAUCGACCGCUGCCGGGCCUAUCAGGAGUCUGACGAAUAUCAACAAAGGGAGGGAAUGAAAACCAAAGCUGAUCCUGCAAGGCCUCAUGAGACGGACACCACCGCAACCCCUUUGAAUGAUCAGGAUGAUGAGUCCGCGAAAACAAGCUCAAACUGUGAAGUGAAGACGGAGGCCGGUCAGCAGAGCAUCGUGAAGAACCUGAGAGAAAAGUUUCAGAGUCUGAGCUGAGUGAACGCAACCAAAGAACUUCAAAAUAAAUCUCUGAGACACUGUCAAAGGAAAAAGCACAGACGGAGCAGUUUGAGUGGACGUCAUGUUUGAACUCUUGAAGUAGUCAGCAAACAGCCUCAAAUAUCUGACUGUUCUGUGGCUGUGGCUUCUGCUUUACUUCGACUGACUCUGGAAGGUUUUUAUUGAAACUCUUCCACAAACAGAUUAGAUUUUUUUUCAAAAUACUCUUAUUUAGAAAACUCUCAGUUUGCCAUCCAAAGUUAAAAUUAAACAUUUUUAAAUGCUAAAUUGAUAAAUUAUUUUGAGCGUUAAGAAAAAAGUUUAUAUUUUGUGGUUAUAAUGGCUCUUUAUGAAAUGAACCAAAAACAACUUAAACAAAGUCUUCCCCCAGUUUCCGCUCCGGUGUUUUGUAAAUACAUAUCUAAAACUUGUAAAUGUCUUUAUAAUGUCCUCACAUGAUAUUUAUCUGAAUUUUGUGUAAAGCACCUUUUUGUACAGGAUAUGAUAAUAUGUUUGGAGUUUUUCCCUCCUCAGCUGGUCUUGAAAAGAUUUUAAACAACCACGACACUAACGUCAGUCAGGUUUUACAGUCGUCUUGUCUGCAGCUUUAAAAGCUUCACAUCAGAACCACAGCAAAUAUCUUCGUCUUUUAGUGUAUAGAUUAAAUCUCAUCCAUGUGCAUUACUGCUACGAGAGGACUAACCACUAAAUGUGACUGAGGAAAAAUGUCCCUUUAUUGCAUAUAAUUUCUUAAAAACUUCUGUCUCUCCUUCUUCUCCCGUGUUUAAUAUUUCAAAUUGAUUAUAUUUAUCCUACAGUGACAGAAAAGAAACCAGGACAUGCAAGCCUAGAUUUGUAGAAGCUCACAGGUCACAAGUUUAAAUAGCAAAACAUGUUAAAACAUCAAAAAUAUGCUUAACUAUGUAAUAGUGGUAUCUUUUAUUAUUUAAGUCUGCUAGUAGCAAGUCAAUAAACUUAACUAAAUGUUUUGUUGUCAGAGUUGAAAUGAUAUAAGAACAUCUGUAGUUACAACAGUUAAGCAGGUCUCACAUUAGUUUUGCACAUUCAUUACCAUAAAUGAUAACAUCAUUCAAUUACUACAUAAUAAUGCGUAAAUAAUCUACAUGCACAAUUGAAUAAACUCAGAGAUGUGAACUCCAGCUGCUCACAGUCACUUCAGAUUUUCCUAAGACAUGAUGAUCUGGUUCUUUGCUUGUCAGCUAGCAAGAUGAAGUUCCUAAACAUGAUCGUUUCUUUAUAGUUUAAGUUAAAAAUUCGAACUGUUCCAAUAACAUCAAAAAGAACUAAUCAGCCUGACCAAAACAUUUUUUAUACAUUUAGAUAGCAAGAAAAUCACUGAUUAAAUAAGAAAGUAAAGAGUUUCCAACAUUCACCAAAUGGACGGUUUCAUAUCUUUCGUUGCACAAACUGAGCAAACUUUUAACCCUCAGUAAACUAACUGACAUUACUGAUUAUAAAUCUAGAAUAGCUGCUUGUAAAUGAACGGAUGUAUUUCUUUUCUUGUGCCUUGUAGUAGGUCAUAUUUAUGUAAAGUUCAUGUCCACAUCAGAUUAUUUAUUCUGUAAUGAAUUGGGUUUCCAUACACAUCAGUCACUUUGAAUUAACUGUUGGGUUGAGAACGAGUUGGUUUGUUUGAUUUGCUCAGUGGCACACUGGCAGAUUUUGGGACUUGAACCUGUGACUCUGGUCCACCACCACGCUCAUCAUGUUCCUCAGUCAUUAGUCAUUCACUGUAAACGUCCUGUACCUGCUGCUGGUGUGAGCAGAAACACUUACUGUGUCACUGUGGCUUUAUGUGUGCGUUUGUACAAAUAUAAGUCUGUGAACUCAGAGGACAACUGUUCUGUUUCCAUUAAAACUGUCUGUACAGGAUCAA